CGGAGUCAACACAGUCUCCUCCCUGGCCCAAGCGAAAACUAAGCCGGCCUGACGCGUGCGAGGCCGAGUGCUGUCGCGGAAGACCCCGCGGUUUUCUGGCCGGCGCCAGCGCAUCUGGGGACAGAGCAGGGCGGGAGACUCCGGCAGCGUCGCGGAGAGGCCUAUUCGGGAGUGGGGAGUGAUCCGCCUUCCCUGGAGGCCUGCUCUCGAGGAACUUGCAGUCUGAAAAGAUAAAUUGCAUGAGCACAGUCCUUGACAGUGCCUUUUCAUCGUGUACCCCCUGCGGUCUUUACAAUACUCAGAGCAGGGAUGGUUUUCCACUUUCUGCACCUGGGGCAAGGAGGGAGGUUGUGAUUUAAUUUACCUCGGAGCCAGAGUCAGCUGGAGGAGAGUUUGCUCUAAGAAGUAGGACUUAAGGUGCGUCUUACAGAGUAAAUAGCCCAGAUGCCCGUCCAGCCUCCAAACAAAGACACAGAAGAGAUGGAAGUGGAGGGUGACUCAGCCACCGAGAUGAAUGGGGACGAGGAAGAGAGCGAAGAGGAACGGAGCGGCAGCCAGACCGAGUCAGAAGAGGAGAGUUCAGAGAUGGACGACGAGGACUAUGAGCGGCGCCGCAGCGAGUGUGUCAAUGAGAUGCUGGAUCUGGAGAAGCAGUUCUCAGAGCUGAAGGAGAAGUUGUUCAGGGAACGACUGAGUCAGCUGCGGUUACGGCUGGAGGAAGUAGGGGCUGAAAGAGCUCCUGAAUACACUGAACCUCUUGGGGGGCUGCAGCGGAGCCUCAAGAUUCGUAUUCAGGUGGCAGGGAUCUACAAGGGCUUCUGUCUGGAUGUAAUCAGGAAUAAGUAUGAGUGUGAGCUGCAGGGAGCCAAACAGCACUUGGAGAGCGAGAAGCUGCUGCUGUAUGACACACUGCAGGGGGAGCUGCAGGAGCGGAUCCAGAGAUUGGAGGAGGACCGCCAGAGCCUGGACAUUAGCUCUGAGUGGUGGGAUGACAAACUGCACUCCAGAGGAAGCUCAAAGACCUGGGACUCCUUGCCACCCAGCAAGAGGAAGAAGGCACCUCUCGUUUCUGGCCCUUACAUCGUGUACAUGCUGCAGGAGAUCGAUAUCCUGGAGGACUGGACGGCUAUCAAAAAGGACCAUGACCCUGCUGUUCACCGUUGGGGUUUCUCGGAACAUGCUCCAGUCCUAGGAUUCACGUUCUGCUGCAGAAAGGGAGACCGACAGGGCCUUCAGGCUGCCCAGUGGCUCCCCGUGCUGCUGCUAGGUCUCCAGGCAGCUGUCACUGAGCUGGAUUCCUCUGCCCUCUGUGAGUCCUGCACAGCUGUGGCCCCAGAGCAGCCAUGGCCAGGCAAGACUGUCAUCUCCAGUCCUGGCCAGUCCCCCACCUCCACCUCUUGAAGAUCAGCCUCCUCGCUGUCCCCUGACAAGCUGGUUGCCAUCCUUGGCCAAAGUGAUGUCCUUUUUGCAGACUUUGGACCUUGGCUCUCUAGCUGCUGAGCCAGAGAGCUGAGCCCACUGUGGAGAGCUCUGAGCCAGAAAUCCUAACUGGGAGCUUGUUCAUCCUUCCUGGAGCUGGAGGUGAGAAGCCAGGCUCCCCAGGCUUUCUUAGGCCUAUGCCUGGUAUCUGCCUCCCAGGUUAUGAGAACUGGAAUUAAAACUUCCUCUCCUGGGACUCUGA